AUGGCCUCGACAGAAGCCCAUGAUUCGCAAUUGCGAGGAAUUCCAACUGCUCCCUUUGUCACAGACGUGGCCGAAUUUGUUGGAGGGGCAGACAAAGAUGUUAUGCCGACGCUGAAACAAUUUCAAGACGCCAUCUCAAAGUACAAAUUUAUGGAGCUAAGUACGGCACAAAGACGCAAAGGGCUUGAGCAAAAGAUCCCAGAUAUUGGAAAGACAUUGCAGAUGGUCGAAUACCUGAAAGCUCGACAGACAGAGUCAGAACCAUUGGAAACGACAUUUGAGCUCAACGAUACACUGUACGCACGUGCACACCUGGAACCCACAGAAAAGGUCCAUCUCUGGCUUGGGGCGAAUGUGAUGCUAUCCUAUGACAUUGAUGAGGCCAUUGUCAUGCUCCAAGACAAGCUUGCGACGGCGAAAAAGGGUUUGCAGCUAGCGAAUGAAGACUUGGGCUUUCUUCGAGACCAAAUUACUACGAUGGAAGUCAAUACAGCUCGAGUCCACAAUUGGGACGUAAAGCGGCGCCGUGACAAGAAACAACGAGAAACUUUAUCUUCGUAA